CUGCCGCCGCCGCUCCAGCCCGUAGGAAGGAGCGAGCUGGGGGUUGCAAGCCUUGGAAGCUCUCGGCACGGCGUGGGGGACAGCUUCGAGCCAAGCCCGCUCCGCGACGGGCGCCAGGCGUCAUGUCCAUGGAGGACCCCUUCUUCGUGGUGAAAGGGGAAGUUCAGAAGGCAGUUAAUACUGCUCAGGGGUUGUUCCAGAGAUGGACAGAACUCCUACAAGAUCCGUCAACAGCUACAAGAGAAGAAAUUGACUGGACCACAAAUGAGCUAAGGAACAACUUAAGGAGUAUUGAGUGGGAUCUUGAAGAUUUAGAUGAAACAAUUAGCAUUGUUGAAGCAAAUCCUCGGAAAUUCAACCUUGAUGCCACAGAACUAGGUGUGAGAAAAGCCUUCAUCACAAGCACUCGGCAAGUGGUCAGGGAUAUGAAGGAUCAAAUGUCAAAUACUUCUGUUCAAGCUCUGGCUGAAAAGAAAAACAGGCAGGUGCUUCUGGGAGAAAGUAGAACUCACAGCUGGAGUUCCGGGACGGACAAAUACAGCCGCUUGGAUCGAGAACUGCAGUCUGCAAAUUCACACUUCAUUGAAGAUCAGCAAGCACAGCAGCAGUUAAUCAUUGAUCAACAGGAUGAACAGUUGGAGCUGGUCUCUGGAAGUAUUGGAGUACUAAAGAAUAUGUCCCAACGCAUUGGAGGGGAGUUGGAUGAACAAGCUGUCAUGUUGGAUGAUUUCUCUCAUGAGGUGGACAGCACCCAGUCUCGACUAGAUAACGUUAUGAAGAAACUUGCAAAAGCAUCCCAUAUGACUAAUGAUCGAAGACAGUGGUGUGCCAUUAUCAUCCUCCUUGUUAUCCUUGUGGUGGUGCUUAUUCUGUUUUUUGUGCUGUGAUAGUUUGGGGCUCGGAUUCUUUUACGGGCUCCUUUUGUGCAGACAUCUUAGCACUGUUCCUGUCCGCCAGGGAAAACUCUUACGGAAAAAGUACCCUAGGAGAGUUGGAUACUGUGUUCUGCUGUGGAUGGCUAUCAGUGACAUAACUCUCUGUCCUCAUGGUUCUUCUUCUCAUGAUCCUCCUUAUCUUGCUCAAGGAAGAAAUGGAGCACUCAUACACACAAAUACUACUUACACUGGAAGUGGAUUCCCUGGGCUGUAACAUUGGACUCUACAAAUGUUCUGCUAUGGGACGGGUGGUUUAGACUGGAAGAGACCACUGUGCGGUCAUUCCCAUCACGUCGCAGAGCCACCAGAUGCCUUUUGUCUGCUUAUCAUAACAGGACUCUUGCCAGUGUUAAACAUACAUACAUACAUGUGUCGACUCACAAGCAGAUCUUGUAGAAAUUAUUCCACCGCCUACAAGAUUCCUUUCCCAGGCCUUUUACAGCACAGCCAAGCCUGCCAAAUAAUCAUGGACCUUUAAAGGAGGAAAAAGCCACUCGGACUGAGAAUAUUUGUUUUCCUCCAGAGCAGAACUGUGCACUUGGUAAUGUCAUGGGUACGUAGUUUGUACCCACUGUUGUAAUGCUAACUAAUGUUAAAUAGAACAAUAGAAUGUUAUACACGGAAAGCUGCAGGCCUAAAUCUAAACUAAAGUCAGUCCUAGCAAAUAGAGUCCUAGCAAGUCUGGGCAUUGGGCUGGAAUUCAGUUUUGCUUCAGGGAGGCAGACUGGCCCUGGCAGGCUAAUACAGGCCGUAAGUAAAAUAUGUGCAUGUUGGUGUUGUACAUCAGACAGCUGUAGUGACUCUACUUUUCAGACCUGUAAUCUCAGUUUUACUGCAGUGUAGAAGACAAAGUCAGUAGGUAUACUGUGGCUGCUAAAAUCUUGUGUUUUUGUGGCUUUGAUUAUCAGUUAUCUGAAAAGAGAAGCUUAUAUUUGAGUUCUGCUAAUUUAAGAGAUGCUUCUGCUGGAUAGAUGUCAAGAUUUAAAUGCAAGAAUGG